AUGCAUAUUAAGAUCCUUAUCUUGAAUUUAUUAUCUAUAAUAUUGUUGAUCUUAUGUAUAGUUGCAAAUUCUGAAGAUUCCAAUAUUAUAAACUAUCCAAUUAAAGCCUCAACAAAAGAUUUAAAUCCUGGUAUAAAAUUGAAUGCUAAGAAUUUCUCUGCUGAUCAUACUAACUAUAUAUUGAGUACUUCAAAUAAAAGAGGUAUAAUUUACAAUAUAACUGGAGAAGAACACCUAAAUAAACUUGUAAAAGAUCAUGAGUUUGUGUUAACUGGGUUUAUUGUUCCAUGGUGUGGAAUGAGUAGAAAAGCUAUAAAUCAACUUCAAGAAGUCACUUACAAGCUCUCAGAGUAUAAAAUAUCUGAAAUUAAUAUAUAUAUAGAACCAAUUGUUGGACUUGUUGAUAUAUCCAAAUAUACAGGUUUGUCCGAAAAAAUGAAUGUUUCUGAUUAUCCAGAUAUCAAGUUAAUAUCUCUCAAAAAAAAUGAUACCUAUAGAAUAUAUGAUUAUAAUGGACCAAUUAAUAGUGAGAGGAUAUUCACAUGGAUGCACAAAAAAAUCACAUAUUUAAAGUCGCAUUUCAUAGUUAAAUUAAAUUCAAUCAACGAUAUUACACAACUCUUAUCACUGCAUCUACUUGCAUGUAUAUAUAUACCUCCGAGGGUUAAAAAUGAGAAGGAAUUUAUUAUUUUUCGAAAUGUCGCAAAAAUAACAGACGAUGUUAUAUUUGCUCAAAUUACAACUUCGGAAAAUGAAUUAAUUGAAUAUAGAAAUAAUAGUAAUUUAAAUGUGACUUUAUUGACUGUAAGUCGUGAAGAUAUUUUUAAGAAAUUCGAUAUUGAAUCAAAAGUAGAUUCCUCAGUAUUUAUUCUUUUCAAACCAUUUGAAAAUAGACCGAGUAUUUUGAAUGGACCGAUAAUUAAUGAAAAGGAACUCAUUGAUUUUAUUGACAAUGAGAAAUUACCUUAUACUCUUUUACUUACAAGUAGGACAGUAGGAGAGAUUUUCUCUGGUAAGAGGGCUGUUUUAAUUGGUUUCUUUAGAGGUCAUACAGGGAGUUUAGAUGAUAAGCUAUUGCAAUAUCAACCUUCCUCAAUACCUUCUAAAGUUCAAGCUAUAUUUCUAGAUACUGCUAAAGGAGUCGGUAAAUCAAUACUGUUUGUUAUAUCUGGAAAUGAAAGACCUAUUGAGAGACGAGUAAUGGACUACUUCCAUAUUUCAGACAAUGAAUUACCAAUUAUAAAAUAUAUCGAAGAUCUGAAUACUUCACCACCAAAAAUAUACCAAUUAAAUAUUAAAACGACUCCAGUACAUGUGAAUUAUAAAAUAAAUCAUUUAUCUUCAGUGGAAGAUGAGGACAAUACUGAAUUAGUUAUAUAUGAUAAUACAGUAAUUCACUUAUCCUCCUCAAUAUUGACCAAUUUUAUUAAAGAUAUACAAAUUGGUAAUAUAUACCACUCAUCAUUAUCUCAAAAAGUUCCAGUAGAACAAAGUAAUCCAGUAUACAUUGUUGUUGGAAAAACUUUUGAGUCAAUUGUUCACGACUCAAACAAGGAUGUACUGGUUUUAUUUUAUACACCCUGGUGUGGUCAUUGUAAAGCCUUUAGUCCUAUAUAUACUGAAGUAGCUAAUAUUGUAUCAUCAAAGCAUCAUAUCCGGAUUUCCAAGAUUGAUAUGUCUGCAAAUGACGUGCCUGACCACCUCAUUGGUGAACCAAUUGUAGGUUUCCCUUCAAUUAGGCUAUAUACAAAAAAACGUAAACAUAAACCUUUAAUAUAUGAUGGUGAAAGGGAAGUAAGUGCUCUUCUAGAUUUCAUAUGGAUCCACACUGCAAGAGAUGAGCUCUAA